GCCCAGUAUCCUCAUUUGGCCCCUGUUGUCUUGCGCGGCGCCUGCGUUGUCGAGAAAGGUUUCUUGCUGGUUGACUCUCGCGGCCUUAAUUGUGUAAAUUCGGCUUCCGGAGCUAGAUACUUUCUGUAAUAGCAAGAAAAGACCGGUCGGCAUCGAGCAUUGCAUAUCGCCUUAAAUUAGCUAGUGUGAGGAAAUAUGUUUGUUUAAUAUCUUAACAGCCAUACAUACAUGCAUAGCUAGCUCAUUCUAGUAAUGUAACGGUUUGCUUGUUAGCCAGCUCAGUCUAGUUAACGCCGACGUCUAAAACCUAGCUAACGAGCUUAGCAAAUGCUAACCCUUCCUAGCUAGUGCUACGUUGCUUGCUUACGUUGGAUAUUGUUAUUUACCUGCUUGCUUAGCUAGGUCUAUGAGACUGCUGGAAACUAUACGGACCUACCUCAUCACUAUAGUUAGUUAGUUGAAUAAUUUGGUUGGCAGGAUAUAUGUGUGGGUGUAACGUUAAUUCCCGAGUCCGGGCAAGAAGUACCCGGAAGGGACGAGCAACUGCCGCCUUUGUUGAUGUAUGAUCAAGCUAACAUAACUGUAGAAAAUAGCUAAUAGUUGCAGCGAUUAGAUUGUGUGGGAUCCGGCAAUCAGGCUUUCAAGUCUAAUUUGGGAUAAAUGGUUCGAAAAGAAGAAAGCCCAGCACUGAUUUAGCUGCAUCACUAUCACCACAGCCAGUCUGCAUCUCCUGUCCCCACUACCUCCAUCCAGUCCCCUGUGCCUGCCUGUCUUGUCUGCUCUGAGAGAGACGGGUCUAUCUGGGCUAUACAGAGCAACGAAGAGCAAACACAGCCGACAUUGAAGCACCAGCACUGACUGGUUUUUGGCACUAGAGACCACACCAAGGACUUAGACAGAGAGCCCAGUUGGAGGGUAACUUCCUGCGCCACUCUUAAUUAACACUAGGAGGGGAACCAACCUGAUUUUGAUCACCCUGCAUCCUGUCUUCUCUUCCAUAACAGGGGAACAGAAGGAGGAGUUGCUGCUUUAGUUUUUUUGCUGCAGAGGUCCUCUUUAUCCUGGUCCUGGGACACAGCGUAUUGUUUUGGUCAACACCCCUGUUCUGCCCUGCCGACAUCAGCCAACGGUGGUGUCACCCUGUCGUCACUUUGAUUUUUAUCUCCCCCCCCGGGUUGGUUUUGAGUCAACACCGCUGCCUGCCUGCCAACAUCAGUAAUCACAAAGCAGCGGAGUCUGCAGUAGUUUUUUGGCUAUUUAUCCCCCCCCCCCCAUUUGGUUUUGGAGCCCGGUUCUUUUACCGGCUGCUUGAACUGCUGAAACUGGGGCGCGAUUCAUGGGAUGCAACCAUGUCGGAUCUCAGUGAGCGCAGGCCAGUUAACAUGGACUACGCGGUCUCCCUGCUGGAGCAGCUCAACUUCUUCUAUGAGCAGAAGUUACUGACUGACGUGGUGCUGCUGGUGGAGGACAACGAGUUCCCAUGUCACAAGAUGGUCCUGGCCACAUGUAGCUCCUAUUUCAGGGCAAUGUUUAUGAGUGGGUUGUCUGAGAGUAAACAGACUAAUGUUCACCUGAAGAACGUGGACCCUGCCACUCUCCAGAUCAUCAUCACCUACGCCUAUACAGGCAACCUGGCUAUCAAUGACAGCACUGUGGAGCCACUCUAUGAGACCGCCUGCUUCCUACAGGUAGAGGAUGUGCUACUGCAGUGCAGGGACUACCUGGUGAAGAAGAUCCAUGCAGAUAACUGUGUCCGGAUGCUGAGCAUCGGGGAUCUGUUCUCUUGUGUGGAGCUGAAGCAGAGCGCCAAGCGCAUGGUGGAACACAAGUUCCCCGUGGUCUACCGUCAGGAGGCCUUCCUACAGCUGUCCCACGAGCUGCUGGUGGACGUGCUGUGCUCAGACAACCUCAACGUGGAGAAGGAGGAGACGGUGAGGGAGGCUGCCAUGCUGUGGCUGGAGUAUAACAUGGAGGCUAGGUCCCAGUACCUGUCCUCAGUUCUCAGCCAGAUCCGCAUCGACGCUCUCUCCGAGGUGACUCAGCGCGCCUGGUUCCAGGGCCUACCGCCUAACGACAAGUCUGUCGUAGUGCAGGGCCUCUACAAGUCCAUGCCCAAGUUCUUCAAACCCCGCCUUGGUAUGACCAAGGAGGAGAUGCUCAUCUUCAUGGAGGCCACGUCAGAGUGGCCGUCUGACAUGGGUCAGGUGAUGGCAGGCCCCAACCACACGGUGGUGUGUUACAGCCCGCAAGCCGAGAAGGUCUACAAGCUCAGCAACCCGCCCGGCGACCUCCAGAAGGUUGGGACGCUCGUCACACCCGACAACGACGUGUUCAUCGCCGGCGGGCAAAUCCCGCUGAAGAACUCGAUCGCCAACCACGGGAAGAGCGGCGGCAAGCAACAGGCAGUGUUCCGAUCGGUGGAUAGCUUCUUCUGGUUUGACGCCCAGCAGAAUGCCUGGGUGCCUAAGACGCCCAUGCUGUGUGCCCGCAUCAAGCCCUCUCUGGUCUACUGUGAGGGUUACAUCUACGCCAUCGGGGGGGACAACGUAGGCGGGGAGCUGAAUAAACGUACCGUAGAACGCUAUGACUGUGAGAAAGACGAGUGGGCUAUGAUGAGCCCCCUCCCUUGCGCCUGGAACUGGACCACGUCCGUAGCAGCCCACGACUGUAUCUACGUGAUGACCCAUGACCUCAUGUACUGCUACUUCCCUCGCGCUGACACCUGGGUAGAGAUGGCCAUGAGGAAGACAAGUCGCUGCUUCGCCUCCGCUGCCACCUUCGGUGACCUCAUCUUCUACAUCGGGGGGCUCCAUGUCGUCUCCAACUCGGGCGUCCGCAUGCCCACCAGCACCAUCGACGGCUCCUCCGUCACCGUGGAGAUCUACGACGUCAGCAAGAACGAGUGGCGCCUGGCCGCCAACAUCCCUGCCAAGCGCUACUCGGACCCGUGCGUGCGGGCCGUGGUGCUCCUUGGCUCUCUGUGCAUCUUCAUGCGGGAGACUCACAUGAACGAGCGCGCCAAGUACGCCAUCUACCAGUACGACCUGGAGCUGGACCGCUGGUACCUCAAGCAGCCCGUGUCUGAGCGCGUGCUCUGGGACCUGGGGAAGGACUUCCGCUGCGCUGUGGGGAAGCUAUACCCAUCCUGUCUGGAAGAAUCCCCGUGGAAACCACCCACCUACCUGUUUUCCCCCGACGGGGCCGAGGAGUUUGAGGUGGACGGGGAGAUGGUCUCCCUCCCUCACAUAUAGCUCUUAACCUUCCACCUCUGCCCCCAAACCGAGUCCCUGAAUUGCCCUCUAAACUCUGGGUGUGACGUGUCGAGGGAUGGACCUGAAAGCCAGAGGGGUAGGUUUGAUGUCUGUCUGUUCCAAAGGGAUCUGAGCGCUACAAGGCUAUUCUGCCGGCUGGCUGUUGCUGACAAACAAGCUUAUACAAAGCCUCAGACAUUGAAAAUAUAGGAGAGAAACAAAAAGUAAUAUGGAAAAAGUAGAUUUGUUUUUUCUUUUGUCCGUUGCAACUUCAAGUCUGUUAUACUGUUUCUACAAUGUGAUAAUUGAAAGUCGACUGAUUUGUGAUGAUGCACUUACUGGCGAAAAGCUCCUUGGAAUAACUGUACCAAAAUCCUCCUGGUGUCCACCUCUUUCUCUCACCACUGUUGUAAACCCACAUCCAUCUCUCCUAGGGACACAUGGCCUGUGUCCCAGCCAUAUGGUACCCUAUUCCCUAAGUAGUGCACUAAAUAGGUAAUACGGUGCCAUUUGGGAUGCUCAUAGUAUAGGAACGUACAGGGCCAAGUGUUAGGGGGGGGGGGGGUUAUGGGAGAGAAGGGGUUCUAGGUGGUGACUGCAGGUCCAGUCACUCUACCUGUUUUUUUUUUCUUUCACCUCUGUUCCAGACACGCAACCCCCUGCCUCUCCCCUCACUCCUCUAGUCCCCUACUAACACCACUCUAGCCUGCCUGUCUCUUAGGUUGUGUCCCAAAUGGCACCCGACUCCCUACAUUUGACCAGGGCGCAAAGGGCCACCAUAGGCUUGUUGAGCUGGCACUGGAGCUCUUGCCAAAAGUAGCGUCCUAUAUAGGGUUCCAUUUGGGAGGCAUCCUUAGUCAAUCUCUCUGGACACAGGUCUUCCACAGAGCCAGCCAGCGGUUUACAGAACGGAGCUCACCCUAACCAACUGUCAUAUCGUCGUGAUGGGAGGAUUUAUGCCGGCUCUUAUUUUUGACAAGCGCGGGUCUCUGCAACAACACACGCCUCCUUCACUCUAUCUCAAUACUCUCAUCAACUAUAGAUUUUUGGGCUCAUGCAUUUUUCUUUCCCUAAGCUGCUGAAAUAUAUAUAAUUAUAAAAAUAUAUAUUUUUCAUGUUUAAAAAAUAAACUGUUUUAGUGUGGGUGAAAACAACCAGGUUCUAUUUUGUAUUAGUAUUUUUUUUAAGUUAAUAUCAGACAUUACUGUAGUGUGAUUGUGUUUCGGUAUCCACCCCCCCACCAGAUUAUUUUCUUGAGUGAAAUACUGAGGAAUCUUGCUGCUGAUUGGGUCUGAGAAGGAAGGAGGGCUGGCCCAGUGCUGUUGCUAUGGAAAUUGUCCAGGCAACCACUAGCGGUAGUGGAGACCGACUGGAGGGUGGUAUGGGAGGGAAGGAGCGGACGGCGCUGCUUCAUGAUUCCUACCUUAAACAUGAGCACAGGUGCUUCAUGACAAACCUUACUAGCAUGUUUGGCUGCAUCAUGUUCCUUUGGCACUGUAUUUUGAAUGAACGUUAAUUUAUUAAAAAACAUACCAAAACGUUCUCGAAAAAAAUGACUUAUUUUCACAUGGGUUGAUGAAGCAGGCUUGGUUUUGUUUUAAACAUGUCACAAUGUGUUUACCUUUCAAUCCAGUCUGCUCACAAUUACAGAUUUAGCCUAUCUAUUUACAUGUUCAGUUAGUCAUACAACCUAGGGACUUAUUAUGCCUGCUUAAAAUAGUUUCCCCCCCAUUCGUUGCCUGACAAAGGCAUCCACAGAAGCCCUGUCUGUACCACCUCUGAAUAGCUAUAACUGGAGCUGGUUGCUUCCCAAAUGGCAACCUAUUCCAUAGGGUGCCAUUUGGGACAGCUGCUGAAGCCAAACAAACAUCGCUCUGCCUCCUCCCCCUCCAUAGCUUUUGAGCUGAUAAUCUGAAAGUCAUCCGUGAGGUCCCUGGGUUCGCGUGUGAUGUUAUUGAACUGAGGCACGUGGCUGCAGCCUGUUUUUGUCCGGUAGACCCUGCGCCUGCUACACCCCCUCCCUCUACGGUCUUUUGUUUGGCUGACCUACAUACAGUAUGAACAGACCAGACCAUGAAUAUCUCGCUCUAACAGAGAUACUUUCAUAUCUUGUUACGUUUUGUAGUAUUUUUCCUGUAAGCUUAUGGGAAGCACUUUUAGGUACGGAAGCAGUAAAGAUGAGGCUGAUUUCCAUUUUUUUUCAUAUUUAAUGCAGCAUAAAUUAACUUCACAUUUUCAAAACCCUAAAUAUGUCAGAUUAAAUGUUUUUCUUUGCAUACUUAAGUACAUUUGAGUUCAACAGCAACAAAUGAAGCAUACAGGCAAUACGAAUGACUCAGAUUUUAGUUUAAAAGUCAAGACGGGAAUUCAAAGAGAUGAUGGUCCAAAGCUGUCAUUAUUACAGUUUAAAAACUGGACCUGGGCCCAUGUCUAAACGUCUGCGUACGAGUGCUGAUUUAGGACCAGUUUGGCCUUUUAGAUCGUAAUGGAUAAGGUUAUAUGGGAUCCUAGAUCGGCACUCUUACUCCGACUUUUAGUGGAUACAGUCCCAGAUCUCGAAGAUAAAUAUAUAUAUACACACUUAUUUCCUAAAUGUUCAACUUCAAUACAAACAGUUGGGGAGAAAGUACUGUAAUCAUCUCAAAGUAACAAGUAUAGACUAAGAGAGUACAUAGAAAUAUAAUCUUUCCUAUGUAUAGGUGCAACCAAUUGCCUACGUAGUGCACUUUCUACAGAAUAGGUUUAAAGGGCCUUAGUCAAAAGUAGUGACCUAUAGGGAAUAGGGUGCCAUUUCAGAUGCACAAUAGUGAGCCAUAGAUCAGGUAGAGAUUGGUUCCAGUCGUGUCAUCACUAUUAUUUGUACAAGUCCAACAAACUAUAUACAACUAAUAAAUUCAUUUUAUCCCAUACUCCAACUAUCUUUAUAAAAGUUCACUAUUACAUGUAUAGUGCAGACAUAAUGA